AUUCAUUCCUUAUACUUCCUGUUUAAUUACAAGGAAGUCCACAUUUUAAGCUGUUACAUGUUUUUGCAGCACAGGAAAGAUCUCUUAAUAAUGGAUUGUGGUGAAUUUGUAUAACAAAACACACACUGCAUUUGAGUCCAUUGUUUAAUGAUCUCCUCGCAAUGAAUUGCGAGAAGGGGUAUAGUAACGGGACUAUUCGAGUGUGGGUCAUGUCUGUAAUCACAGUCUUCGGUGGGAUUGCUUUCAUAGCACAACCAGCACUAUCGGCAAGAACUUGCAGUGUCUACAAAUCAUGUACCAAAAUAUCUUUUCAAAAUAUAUCGAAUUUAAGUACAGAAAACUUUGAUCACGAGCACAAAAAAUGGAAGAAAAUUAAAUGCAUAAAUCUUCAGGAUGAUAUCAUAUACUCAAUACAGGCAGGAUUAUUUUCAAAAUUCUCGAGCCUAAGAACGCUACAAAUGCAAAACAUCUCAAAGCUUGGUGAACACUUAAUAGAUGGUUUUGAAAAUAUUAAUUCAACAAAACUGACACAUCUUUGUCUUCAAAGCGUAGGACUGACUGGUAGAAUUGUUUUGAAACUCUGUGAACUCCUUCCACGACGGUUAAAGGUUUUAGUGCUUCGAAAUAAUGAAAUUGGAAAGUUUGCUCUUGACUACAUCAGCGGUUUUAAAGUUAGUACCCUGGAUUUAAGUAGUAAUAAAAAUUUAAAUUUUUCACUUGGAAUCUCAAAGCCUUAUACUUGGUUAAACAGUUUGAACCUUUCAAGAACGUCUUUUUACCCAAAUUCAACAUUUCUUUUUAAUAAAACCUGCGUCAUACCAAACCUAAAACACCUGGCAUUGAUAGACAAUCAAUUACGGUUAUCGGCCUUGGACGGACAUGAUUGUUUAAAGCACUUAAAAAAAUUGAGUUUGAGCGGCAGUCAACUUGUAGACGGAAUACACAAUUACAGUUUCUCUAGAUUUCCAGAGUUGACAGAUCUGCAGAUUGAUGGGCUUAGAAAUACCGUAAUCCAAUUACCAACAUUUCAAAACAACCAUAAGCUCGAAAACCUUAAUCUUAAUUCUAUGAAAUAUUUGUUUCCGCCGUCCAGUGAAAAUGUUUUAGCCUUCAAACAUCUCAGUAGAUUACAGAAACUGCGAAUGAAACGCUGGGAUUUGAGUACAUGGAACUCUCUUCAACUUUCAUCCUUGUUUGCCCCAUUUUCAAAAUCAAUAACAUUACUUGAUCUCAGCUAUGUUGGAAUAACAGCAAUUCCAGACAUCUUAUGGGAAAUGCAAAAUCUCACAACACUGGACUUGAAUUCUAAUAAAAUUUCCCGAUUGGAUAUAAUGUCGAAUACCACCAACAAAAAGCUGGAUCAUUUACACCUAAUGUGGAAUCAGAUUGAAUCCUUGGACCCCAAAUUCCUACCCUCAAGCGUGACAGAUCUCAAUCUCACAGGGAACCCAUUUAGUUGCUCUUGCCAGUUAAUUCCAUUUGUGAUAUGGGUUAAGGAAAAGGAGUUCGUGAAAAUCCAGAACGAUUGGCAUUAUGGUCGGUAUCGCUGCGCAACACCACGUGACUGGGAAGGGAAAUCACUUGCUACCUUUGUUCGUAAAAUUAAGCCUACCGACUGUGCACCAUUCAAUGCUUAUAUCAUAACUGCAAUCAUUCUAUGUUUACUUAUGAUUGCUAUAGUUAUUGUGACAAAUAUUGUUAUCUGGUGGAAGAGGAAGUUAAGGAGACAAAAGAAUAGUGAUGACGAGGAACCAUUAAUUACUUGAUAUGAAUAUCAUUUUAUAAUAUGAUAAAGGUAACCUUGUUUUUCUAAAAUGAAAUAAAAAUACAUGUACAUAUACGUAUUUUUAAAAAUAUAUUAUUUUAAAACUUGCAAAACAUACAGAAUAAUGUAUAACUUUUUCCAUGUUACACCUAAUACAUGCAACAACCAGCCCUUGUGAUGAGGGUCUCUGGUUGAUGUUUUCAUUAGGAAAAUUGCAUACGUAGUAUAUACGAAAAAUAGAUUGAACAAAAACAAAGAUUAUUAUUCAAAUUAUUUAAGAAAUUAAUUCGUUCUUGAACAUAAAAAAGUACAUCUUGGAUGAAACUUGAAAAGUCUGUAUUACUAAGCAUGUAAUAAACAAAAUUCCUGUAUCAAUAAGCAUGUAAUAAACAAAAAACCUGUAUCACAAAGUAUGUAAUAAAAAAGCCUGUAUUGCAAACUAUGUAAUAAACAAAAAAAAACUGUAUUUACUAAUUAUGUAAUAAACAAAAAAGCCUACAUUUACUAAUUAUCUAAUAAACAAAAAGUUGUAUUACUAAGUAUGUAAUGAACUCUGUUUAUCACUUGAUGUUACUGUUUCUGGGUUGGUUUUUGUUUUUUGUUUUUUGUUUUGGUAAUGCAAUAAAAUAAACUAGCUAAUUUUAAA